AGUGAGGCGGGUGUAUAGUGCUGGAACACACACACACUAGUCAGCUGUAAACAACAUGGCCGGUGACUGUGAAAAGCCUCUCGAUGAGUCCAAAAGUUAUAUGGGCAUACCCGAAGCCCAAUUUGUGGACGAUGUUGAUUCUUAUAUGAAGAAGGAAGAUAAUACUAAUGCACAAGAUGUCAUCAAGCGCCUCGAUGAGCAACUGAACAAAUACAAAUUUAUGGACGUUCAUCUACAAGCAAGACGUAAAAAGUUAAAGUCUCAGAUUCCAGACAUCAAGAGUUCCCUACAAAUAGUGAAGGAAAUGAAGACCACGAAGGACACAGCAGAAGUCAUCGAGACGAGGUUUCUCCUUUCAGAUCAAGUGUACAUAAAAGCUAACAUCCCACCUACAGACCGUGUAUGCCUUUGGCUGGGGGCUAAUGUAAUGUUGGAGUAUGGCUUGGAGGAUGCUGAAGGUCUUUUAUCCAAAAAUUUGGGAAAUGCCACCAAGAAUCUAACUCAAGUGGAGCAUGAUCUGGAUUUUUUGAGAAAUCAGUGCACAACAACAGAAGUGACAAUGGCUCGCAUUUACAAUUGGGAUGUUAAGAGGCGACGAGCUGAGAAAGCAGCAGCAGAAGAUAAGUCCAAAGGAAGAGGAAGAGGAGGAAAGGGAAAGGACUUCGGUUUUGAAUAAUCAAGUAUGCUGUGUUUUUCGUUCAGCAUUUUUAUUUUCCCUCAACCUUGUUAUGUGAUGCAAGUCAGUAUGGAUCAGGAUAGGAACAGUUAUAUCAGCAUACCAAGUUAAUCUUUAUGACAAUUCUGAUGUUGGAGUAUUGUCAGUUUGAUUAUUGCUAAUUUAAAAUGUAUUAAUAAAAAUUAUUUACAGUAAUUUUGGAGCAGUUUGUAAAUUCAUUUCCAUACUGUGUAAUAAUUUUAUUAAAAGUUACUGAUCAACAUUAAAAGUCCAUUAAAAAAAAUUCCAUUUGUCUGCUAUUCACUUAGCUACACGCUUUGCGCAUCACCUUAGUGAUAUUGUUGCCAAAUGACAAUUUUAUUCAAUACCAUUUGGAAAUAAACAUUACUUUCUUCAAUUUUUAAGUGCUUCAUACUGGUGUCAUAUGUUCUGGCCUUGGAGUAUGAAGUACAACUUUGAAGCUGCUUAUAAGAAUGGCACUCUUGCACGUGAGACGUGUCCAGAAGUUCUCAUGAGUUGUUGGUUAGUGACAUAAGCUUACUCAUGUUAGAUUACGGUACAGUGAAUCGUGUAGUAAUGAUGAGACAAAAUGUGUAUGGUCAACCCUUGUUGAUCUGCACCUUGUAUUUGUGAGAAUGAAACAUUCUAUUUUCUUUCCCACUUAUUUUGAGGCCUUGUUACCAAUGUUGAUUAUGUUGGUGUGAAGGGUUGACAUUUGUGUGUACUUGAGGUUUCAAGAUACUGUCAUGUGGAUGUAUUAUAACAGCUUGUAGCUCAAACUGGUUUUCUUUCCUAUUUUACCUCUGAAUAGCAACAUUGAAAUGUGAUGAUAUUACUUCAUGUUGAAAGCAAUCACAAAAAUAACAUCAUUUAUGGCCUUAACUUAGUUUUUAGAAAUUAAAACGUUUUCAUACUCACAGACUGCACAAAACAAUUGGACAAGUGCAAUUUUCAACUCUAAUCUUGAAGAUUUGGCUUCACCUUUGCUCUAUAAUGUUUGAUGUAGUGUUAAGUAUUUAUCCCUGUUUAUUGUUUUCAAAAUUGAACAUUACAUGGAACACUUUCUAUACUGUAUCUUGUUACAUUAUUAUUUUGAAAAAGUUUUUUUUUAUCCAAUUAUUUGACAUUAGUUGAAAAGUAUAAAAAACAAGUAAUCCUGCUUGUCUCAAUAAAAUAGAUUAAAUGUC